CCAUAUCGACGUCAGUGCAGCGCACCGCUCGCACUGGGCAGUCAGCCGUAGGAAGCCCUGCCCACCGGGGAUGGCGGGCAAUAAGGAAGCGCAGAAGUCGUUCAAGCUUCUCGAGUCUUGAGAUUGCGUUUCCGUAGCCAUUCUGGCCCUGUUUGGCUACGAGGCGCAGUGGAUACUGAAUUUCGCACGCGUGCAUUGUUGCACCCUUCGUGCCGUCCGUGCUCCUUCGCUCUGGCAUGGGAGUGGUGGCGCUGCCCUGCGCUCUGCUUGCAGCGGUGGUCUCCGGACUGUCGCAGGUUCCAGAAGCAGCUCCGUGGGCCACGGAGCUGCACGCAGCCUUACGCCACGAGCCGUUCUACGAGGCAGCUGCGGAGGGGCACAUGCCGAAAGAGGAUGCCGAGAGGCUGCUGGGCGGAAUUCGGAAAGCCAGCAAGAAGAAGAGCGUGUUCUUCGUGACCGUGCUGGACGGCGGCAUGUUGAGCAUGGGCGAGAACAUGGUUCUUAGCUUGAAUGCCGCGCAGUGCGAUACCCCUAUUCUUGUUGUCGGCCUAGGUGGCAACGUCUGCUCGAGUUUCUUGGAGCCCGGUGGUCCAGUCUGCGUCGAGGUCUUCAGAGAGUCAGCCGGUUCUGAAGACGAGGUGGCCUGGGGGUCGCACGAAUAUUGGGCGGUAGUCUUCCGCAAGCAUGUAGUGCUGACCCUGGUUGCCAUGAGCAAGGCGGCGAGAUGGGCUGCGUAUUCUGAUCCAGACAUUGUCUAUCUGAACUGCCCGACGGACUACCUGAUCAAUGUCUCCACUGGGAAGACCCAGACCAUAUCCGGAGCAUUCGACGAGUAUGACAUCGUCUUCUCACCGAAUAACAUGUUGUCUAAAGAGGCCACGACUGUAGACGACGUAGCAGAGACAUACGCGACACGCGGCAUGAAGGAUAUCUUGGUCGGUCCUGAGAAGCGCCGUGCCGACAUCAACACAGGCCUUUUUGUGAUGCGCAUGUCGCCCAUGGUGGAGGACCUGAUGCUAACGACCAUGCGAAUCUUCAAGGAUCAGGAGCUUGUGCACGGCCACUACCAGCAGUACUCCCUGGUCCAGGCGCUGGACCAGCUGCCAGGAGUCCGCGUCGGCGUCGCGGGGAGCGACCGGCUCACGAAUGGCAACGUCUUCUGGGGCCACCGCGAGCUGCUCAAGGUGUCCGACGUGAUCUCCGUGCACGCCAACUGGAUGGCGUCCACGAUGAAGGUCCCGUGCCUGAAGGAGGCGGGCUUCUGGAUGAACAAGAGCGCCCCGAGGAGGCUCACGCUCCAGCCGCCGACGCCUGGCCGGCCAGAGGCCAAGCUGGACUCCAGGGGCGCCACGAUCGAGAUCUGCGGCGCCGACGCCGUGGCGGCCGCGCCUGCCCAGCAGGCGCCCAAGGAGGAGGGGGAGGGGCCCACCAGGCCGGCCGAGCCAGGGUGUUACGUCUGGCUGCCCAGCGGAUGUCCGAACCACAACUACAACGCCAGGGACUCCUGGCGCAAGAGGGAGGACGCCAACGUCCGCAGCCAGUGCCUGAGCGACGCGAAGGAGCUGCUGGACGCGUGGUGCGGGACCACAGACGCCCGGAUGUUGUUCAUCGCCCCCCCGCCGCCUACCCCGCCAGCGCCGAAGGCCCCCGGGUGCUACAUCUACAUGCCGAGUGGUUGCGAGAAGCGUACGUUCAAGACGCCGACCUGGAGGCAGCUGUCCUCGGCGGACUAUCCCGACAGGGGCACGUGCCAGGGGAAGGCCGCCGUCAAGCACGACAGGUGGUGCGACGUGGACGAUGCCGUGGCCCUGUGGGUGGAGUAGAGCAGGCGGGCUGUCCUGUCUAGGGAGAAAAUAUGCGUUGAUCUCGAAUUUAGCAUAUGAUAGCAAAGUCAAUGAGCACCAGGGCGCAGCCCCGCGGCUCGACCAGCAGCAUGCGUCGCUGCCUCUCUUCGUGCACACAUUGCACUCGACUGCUGUAGCGAAUAUGCUCCAGCUCACAGGGCUUGAUUCGCCGCUUGAGCCAUCUCGCCUUGUGGUACGCAGUGACAGGUUGUUGGGCCUGUUGCUCCCCCGAAAAUGCUCUCGUGCUCGAGCUGCUCUCUUCCUGUUUGUCGUUGUUGAGUCCAGUUUUUCGCAUCGUGGGACUUGUUGAUCCAGAGGCUCCGAGGCUCCGAGGACG